CGGCCGAGGACAGCUGGCUGGGUUGGAGCUCGCCGGUGGGCCGAACCCGGGCAUCCCGCGGAGGGGCCGCGACGGCCGUUCUUGGUCCUGCCCCCGAGGGGCAGAGCCGGGAGCAGCGCUCGCGGCACUUAUGGCAAAGCUAUUAGCUCAGCCGUGUGGCGGAGAGGCCCCGAGGACAGCGCAGACGGGCUCGGCGGAAGGUGAACGCGGGGCGGAGCGGGGUAGUCUCUCGGGCUCCGGACAUCUCUCCCGUCCCUCCCGGCACGGCUGCGAAGCCGUUCGGCGGAGCCCUGGGUGAGGCGGGGGCAGGAGGACGAGGUCGGAGAGAUCGCGGCGCGCGUGGUAAAGUACUAAAACAGGUACAACCAGUGGAUAAGCAAUGUGCACUGCUCUGAGCCCAAAAGCACGUGGGCCUGGCCUCUCUGAUAUGCACCAAUACAGUCAGUGGCUUGCCAGCAGACAUGAGGCCAACUUGUUGCCGAUGAAAGAGGAUUUGGCCCUGUGGCUCACAAACUUACUGGGUAGAGAAAUAACAGCAGAAACCUUUAUGGAGAAAUUGGAUAAUGGUGCCUUGCUUUGUCGGUUAGCUGAGACCCUGCAGGAGAAAUUAAAAGAAAACAGCUUUGAGGCAAACAAGCCUGGCAAAACCUUGCCAGUACGGAAAAUUCCGUGCAAAGCCAAUGCACCUUCAGGGUCUUUUUUUGCACGAGACAACACAGCAAAUUUCUUAUCCUGGUGCAGAGAUGUAGGAGUGGAUGAUACCUGCCUGUUUGAAUCAGAAGGUUUGGUUCUUCACAAGCAGCCAAGAGAAGUGUGCCUUUGUUUGCUGGAACUUGGACGAAUUGCAGCAAGGUUUGGGGUGGAGCCCCCUGGAUUAAUAAAGCUGGAAAAAGAGAUUGAACAAGAGGAAACGCUUUCAGCCCCCCUUCCAUCUCCCUCACCAUCACCAACAAAGUCUCCUGGGAAAAAGAGCACAGGGAAGCUGUUGGAUGAUGCUGUUAAACACAUUUCUGAAGAUCCACCUUGUAAAUGCCCUAAUAAAUUCUGUGUGGAGCGCCUUUCACAAGGAAGGUACAGAGUUGGAGAGAAGAUUCUCUUUAUUAGGAUGCUGCACAACAAGCAUGUGAUGGUCCGUGUUGGGGGAGGAUGGGAGACUUUUGCAGGUUACUUACUGAAGCACGACCCAUGCCGAAUGCUGCAGAUCUCACGAGCGGAUGGGAAAACCUCUCCAAUCCAGAGCAAGUCUCCAACUCUCAGGGACAUGAAUCCAGACAACUAUCUGGUUGUUUCUGCCCAUUACAAAACCAAGAAGGAGAUUAAGUGAAAUAAGCUUCCCAUGCGAUUGGGACUCUAUAUACGUAGGUCCAAAUUAUUUUCACAAGUGUAGUAAAUUUAGUUCAUGCUUUGAAAGGACUUCAGAAAACUUAAGACAGACUGGAAAUGGCAGCCCAUUUUGAAGAUCUUUGAAUUGUAGAACUAUUUAUUUCUAGUACUGUAUCUUUUAUAGCAAAAUACCCCUGCUAGGUUAAUUACUACAGUCCUAUAAGAAAUAGACAUAUAUUUUUAGCCAAUUAUUAUUCUUUAAUACAUGAAUGUAUACACAGAGUUACAUAAAGGAAUGGAUCCUGUUAAUGGAAGAAAAUACAUAAUACAAGAUAUUUGUAU